AUGUCUUCUGCAUACCUCGUUGUUGAGCCGCACCCCUCGGUGCCCAACUCGCGCCGUCCAGCCAUGCACACCUCGCGCGGAGGCGCCGGCAAUGUCAUCUCGCUGCGCAACACCAAGACCACCGACUCUCUGUCCGCCACAGGGCCAGCUUCCCUGACUCGCCUCGACUCGCGUGUGCCACCCACCUUCAAGUCUGGCCGUGGCGGUGCCGGCAACGUGCACAGCAGCAGCGAGCGCGCCAUCUUCAGCUUCGACGAGGAGCUCGAGCGCGAGAUGCGCCGCGAAAAGGCCAUUGCCCCCGUCAUCCACGUUGGCCGCGGCGGCGCCGGCAACAUGAUCUCGGGCUCCGACAAGUACAACCUCGAACGCAAGUACUCGUCCACCAGCUCGUCCAGCAACGAGUCCCUGGCCGACCGCGCCAAGGAGAAGGCUCGCAACAGCCUCGAGCGCACCUGGAGCCGGAUCACCGGUCACCAAUAG